UUCCAAAACAACAUGGGAAUGUGUGCCUCUAAAGAGAAUCCUGCAGCGUUGGAAUCUCGUCAGGAGGCACUUAAAACACUAAAUUUAGAACUCAUCCCUGAUGACCAGGAGACAGAAGAAGCUCUCAGAAACAUCAAGAAAGAGAUCAGUGAUGAAAGGGUUCGAUAUGUCUUCAUUAAAUAAGUUUAUUAGAACAUUCUUUAAGAGGGAAGUCAUUGAAGAUCCAGAAGAAUGGAUUCCUAGCCGAAAACAACCUGCUGAAAGCUUCCAAGAUUUCCUUGAGGGCGGCUUCAACCAAGUCUCUAAAGAGCGUAAAACUAUUUAUAUAUCCAGUCUCUAGACAACUCAAUAGACGAUGAGUUCCUAAUGAACUGUCAGAAGUAUUGUGAAGCUUACUUCUACUCACUUCCUGUAGUUCUCCUACCUUACCUCAGUCAUGAUGUCUUAAAGCAGGCCAAGAAAUGGGUGCCAAAGGAUGCAUACUGCAUGAUCUGCAUCCUCAACACUGACCUUUACUCUAAAAAUUCAGAUAAUUUUGUAUUUGGGUCAGCUUCUCGGAAAAAUAGGACUGGAGUCUUCAGCUUUGCAAGAUACAACCCAAAGUUUUAUGGAGAAGACCAUGACAUGACUGAUGAAGAGCUGAAAGAUUUGAUCUUGUUCAGAAGUAUCAGAGUAAUGAUUCAUGAGAUCGGCCAUAUGUUUGGAAUGCAUCACUGAGUGUAAUACCAAUGUGUGAUGAACGGUUCAAAUUCAGAUGAGAAGAGUAAACGAAACCCUUCAAUUAUAUGUCCAAUAUGUUAACGUAAACUUUGGCAUAAUAUCGGGUUUGAUCCUUUAGAACGGUACAAAGCUUCAGCUUUUGAAAGUAACUUAAAUGUUCAUUUCGCAGAAACAAAGGAGUAUUACUACACAAUAGUCAAGAUUCUCUCAAAGACUUACUUAUCAAAGGGGUUGUUUACUCAAUUCAAGAAGGAACUUCCGAGUCAGGAGGAUGGUCUUUAAACAAA